CUGUCGGCAGUUGCCCGGGGUUUGUUCGAAGGUUAAAGGUCAGUCUGUGUAACGUGUCAACAGCAGGCUGUCACCACACCGGUGUCACUACGCCCGCUGUCCGCUGUUGCUGUUCCUCCCUUCUGUACCUAACCACAGCGGACCUCAACAACAUUUAGUCCUGAAAAUGGCCAAAAAGCGGAGAGAAAGACGCGAGACCGACGGGCUGUCUGCGGUCCAGGAAGAGGUGAAGGCGAAUGCUAGCGAACCACAAGUACAGAAAGAGGCUCAGCAUGCUGCAGGGGGCUCGGCACGAGUGUCGUUUUUGAUACUGGUGGCUAUCUUCUCCUGCGCUGCCUCAGCCAUGUACCUGGUCUACAGGAACUUCCCUGAACUUCCUGAUGAUGAAAUGGAAAAAAUCAAGAUCCCAAAAGACAUGGACGAUGCUAAAGCUUUGGGAACUGUCCUGUCCAAAUACAAAGAGACAUACUACACACAAGUGCUGGUGGCCUACUUUGCAACAUAUAGUUUUGUAUCCUUGAAGAAAAACCUCCAGACAUUUGCAAUCCCUGGCUCCAUCUUCCUCAGCAUCCUGUCUGGAUAUCUCUACCCUUUCCCUUUAGCUCUUUUCUUGGUCUGCCUGUGCUCUGGCCUGGGCGCUUCAUUUUGCUACAUGCUGUCGUACCUGGUGGGCAGACCUGUGGUCUACAAAUACCUCUCAGAGCGAGCACAGAAAUGGUCUCAGCAGGUUGACAAACACAAAGAUCAUCUGAUCAACUACAUCAUCUUCCUGAGAAUAACUCCAUUCCUUCCCAACUGGUUCAUCAACAUCACCUCUCCUGUCAUCAACCUGCCUUUGGGGGUUUUCUUCAUUGGCACCUUUCUCGGAGUAGCACCACCAUCCUUUGUAGCCAUCAACGCAGGUACACAGCUGUACAAACUCACUACAGCUGGUGAGGCCGUUUCCUGGAACUCUCUGGCUGUACUCGGCAUCCUGGCCGUGCUCUCCAUCUUGCCCGUAUGCUUCCAGAAAAAUCUGCAGAAGAAACUAGAGUAAGAGCAGUAAACGCCUCAGCACCUCAUCUGCUGGCUGAUCCCAACAUCCCCCGUUCCCUUGGCUCAGGAACGUGCGGCUGUCACUUAAGUUGCUUUAGCUCAGAGUGUGACCGCUGGCACAACAAGCACUCAUCGACCACGAAUCGCAUGCAGUGGUGGGUCGUUCCUGAUAUGAAGUACCAUGUAAACUGGUCGCUGCUUGCAUACAUUUUUUUUUCAGUUUGUUUCCUGUGAUUUAUUUUUCUGCUUCUUUUUGGUGAUUCUGUGAAUUUGGCACAUCUUGUAAAUAACAGAUUAUUUGUUGUUUUUAUAUAAGGCUGUUCUCAUUUUUAUGUGAUUCUAGCCAGACAAUUAAAGGUGCUACUUGUAGGAUGUUGAUUAAGACUAUACUCUUAAAAUAUAGGAAACAGUCAUUCAAUAUUGCCUACCUUUCAUUGGGAGAUAUGAUCAACAGUAUCUUGUUGAGGCUAUUACGACCAUCUGUAAUGUUUAUCACUGGAAAAACUCUGACUACUUCACUCACCGUGGCAGUGGUAUAUCAAUGACGAAUCCUGUAUGUAGCACCUUUUAAGUUUAACUCCUUUUUUAAAACUUGUUUCAAAAUGUCUGUCACUUUUCAACUACUGAAGUGUUCCAGCACAGCAAUAACUGUCACUCUAAUGUUAAAGUGGAUUUUAAUUACAAAAAAAAUUACAUUUUGGAAACUGCUCUUGAGGAAAAGAUGGAUAGAAGAAAAGAAAUAGUUUUUUUACCAAUUUUAGUAAAAGCUUCAUUGUGUGGACAUGUGUGGGAGUUCCAUGUUAUUCUUCGAGAGAUGCCUGGAUUCACUGCCAUACAACUCUAUUUAUUUCAUCACUCUCUGCUCAUGUUAGUAGCCUAAAGCAGCUCUUUCUUUGCCACUUUAACUCAUAAAGAAACGACCAGACUGAUGCAAUAUUUCCUCACAGGACAUCUAAGCUGCAGGUUGCUGGUAUGCGUUAUCGAUGAUGUCAACCCUACAGAUCUAUGUUUUGUGAGAUUCAUACCACUCAGAGCAGCCUAACAGCAUCAUUUUGGUUUUUUAAGAAAAAUGGGUUGGCUUUGAAAGUGCUGCAUAUGUCACAGAUUAAUACACUUCUUCUUUGUGUGUGUUCAGAAUAUGUGUGUCUAAUGUUUUUUUGUCUUCAAGUGAAGAACUGGAGUUGUUAUCCUUACUGCAGAGGAUAAAACAUGGCCCUCAAUAAGACUGCAGAUGGACAGGAUACCUAAGCCUUACCUUGCUUUUUACUGCUUCUAGUCUCCUCCAGAAGAGAUGUAUUAAGAUGCCUGAUUUUAGGUCAUUCUGUGAUUUUUAGAAUGUUUUGAAAUUCGAAGUUUGUCCUGUUGUGUAAAGCUUUUUUUUGCCUGUGUACCAAGCUAACUCAUCAACUGCUGCUUAAAAACUCCCUCAAUGGUCACUAGAGAACUAGAUGCAGUUCAUGUACCUGUGAGCAACUUAUUUGACUGACUUAUGUUUAUCUUUUAAAAUUGCACAAUUUCAAAGGGCAGGUGAUUUGGUGCAUUGUUAGAUUUCCUGUUUGUACUUCAAUGUCUUACUACCCAACAUAUACUGUGUACUGUAAAUUUGAUCUCAAAUUUACAUUCAAAGCAGCUACAAAGGCAUCGAUAUAAGAGAAUUCUCAAGUCGGAUUAUUCUCUCCUCAUGUGUUGCAGGAUAAAAGUCUGUCAGUCUUACUCCUACACCUGAUUAAUGAGAGGCAUGUUCAUUGUUGUAUGGAAAAGAAAAUCCAUUUUCACCAAGGUGAUACCUGCUAAACAACAUGUUAUAUUUAUUUAUUAAGAAGCUAGAUUCACAUCUUUGUAGUUCUUCCUGAUGCAAAAUCUACCAGGGUAUGGUCGAUCUUACUGAUUUUCACCUCUAUUUUGUCAACUCUUUAAUCUGAAAUCUAUACCUAAACUCACACUGAUUAUAAACGAUGAUUUGACCCAUUA